UGCAUGCGUCCCAGUGAGGGUGGCUCCUUGGCGGUUCGGAGCCGCUGGGUGAGUCCGGUUGAAACUUGCGACCCAACCGUGCGUGGGUGUGAUUUACAAGCCUGACACGAGGCUGUGCACGCGCCUCCAGCCACCGUGCACGGGAGCUGCGGGUCUUUGUGUUGGCGGGUUCACACGGUUGUUUUACUCCGCGGGGAGCAGGACAAAGGAAGCGGCCGCCGCUCCGCCCUCAGCCGGGGGAACAAAGCGCUGAGGGCCGGUGCAGCAGCCACGGCGAGCCGCUGGAACUAGAACCAGAACCAGCAGCUGCAGCUCUCAAAACCGCAUCAGAACCGUAAAGCGUCUAAUUUAAAGUCUGAGCGCCUGACAGCGUGCAUGUGCCACGCACACGCCUGGUUGUGCAGGAUGAGCUCUUUGUUUUCCAGCUUCUCCUCGGAGCUGCUGGUGAUUCUGCUGGUCAUGAACACAGACAGGAUGGAUCCAGAUUAGCGUCCAGUUUGUGCAGGGUGUCAGAGGAAGUGAUGUCGGAGCAGCAGCAUGACAGUGAGGCGUCGGCGCCGGUGUAUGUGUACGAAUCCAAGGUGCACUGUGCCAAUGUGCUGCUGAGCCUGGAGGAACAGCGGCGGCGGGGGCUCCUCUGUGAUGUCACGGUGCUAGUGGAGGGCAGGGAGGUCCGGGCCCACCGGGCCGUCCUGGCUGCCAGCAGCAGCUACUUCCUGCAGGUCCUGCUGGGACACAGCGAGUCGCCAGGCAGCGCUGAACCCAUCAUCAGCCUGCCAGACAAGGUGACAGCUAAUGGUUUUGCUCCACUGCUCCAGUUCGCCUACACUGCCAAGCUGGUAUUAAGUCAAGAAAACAUCCAUGAGGUCAUUCUGUGUGCCGACCUCCUUGGUGUGCACAACUUGGAGGACUCCUGCUUCCAGUUUCUUCAGGCUCAGUUGGAGAGUGACGGACAGCACUCCAGAAAUUGCAAGGUGCAAUACGAUGAAGAGGAUACCGUCUUUUCCCAUGACCUGUCCUUUGAUAGCGGUUCAGAGACAAAGAAGGAAAGCUCUCUAACAGCUGAUGGUGCUUCCCCUCAUGAUAAUCUUCCACAAAGUCCAAAAUCCUGGAAGUACCAGCACCAGGUUUGCGACGACAAGCACAAUGAAUUAGGUCAACAGACCAUUCCCACUCUAACCAGUCCAGAGUCGACAGACUCCUGUGCUGCUCCUCAGACCCUUCUCAACCCCUCCAGGAUUAAAGAGGAACCCUUUGAUGAAUCAGGACACGAGAGGAACGGCUUCAACGCAGAGUUUGGUACUGAAGAGGUUCUAGAGAUGGAGCUGGAGGUGGAGGGAGUUCCAGUUGCAGAUAAGCCGUCUGCGGAUGGGGAAUUAGCCUCGUCCUGCCUGCGUUCAUACCUCCAGCGAGGCGGCCUGGAUCUUGGCACCGUGACUGGCAGCACCAUUCAGCAGCUUCUCUCCAACCAUCUGUCCAUCAGCCACUACAGGGAGCUGCUCAAAGACAGGCAGAGGAGUAAGAUGGACUCUCUAAGCCAAUCAAACCUCAACAGCGUCAAUGAUAGAGAUAUGCAGCAAUCCAAGAUGUCUUCUUCUCGGUAUGAAGGCGAGCCAGACAGACGUACCGUCAUUUUCUCCUCUGCUGCUGGUGAGCAACCUUUGUUGACCAACAGAGAAAAAUCCUCAACCAUGGAGCAAGUGGAGACUUCCUCACCUCAUCUGACAUGCCUCACCAGCUCUCCUGUCUCCAUCAAGACAUUAGCUGCCUCUCCUGUUCCAUCCGAACCCCACACUCAGACUCCCAGCUCCCACUCCUCAUAUCCAGAUGACAUAGCCACUGGUAGCUCGCCGUCCAGCCUGGCCUUUGACCUCUCUUCUGCCCCACAUGUCGGUUCAGUCUCGGCUCUUCCUCAUUGUCUGGUCGGAGUGGUGGAAGCCCGGACGCCACUCAGAAGCGAGGUUGUCUUCAGCCAGGGCCACAUCAAGAUCAAAAGUGAGCAGGAGUUUGGUACUAGUGGAGGAAACUCCAGCGAUGAGUCCGAAUCAUUCUCAGAAGGCGACAGUGAAGGUGGAUCCAGAGUCUCUGGCCCUGAGGUGAAGCUGCCGUUUCCCGUGGAUCAGAUCUCCAACCUGCCUCGCAAUGACUUCCAGGUCCUCAUGAAGAUGCACAAACUGACCUCAGAACAGCUGGAGUUCAUCCAUGACAUCCGGAGGCGCAGCAAAAACCGGAUCGCUGCUCAGCGCUGCCGCAAGAGGAAGCUGGACUGCAUUCAGAACCUGGAGACGGAGAUCCGAAAACUGGUGUCCGAGAAGGAGAAGCUGCUGAGUGAGAGGAACCAGCUGCAGGUCUGCAUGUCAGAGCUCUGGCAGAACCUCUCCUUCCUCUCACAGCAGGUGUGCAGAGAGGUCCAAACCAACCAGACUCCGCCAGCCUCCGCCACCAUCGACCUCACCUCAGAUUCUUCGGACCAGGAUCCCGUGAAACCCAGAUCCGGCAUGGUUGGCGAGAACUCUGAGGAGCUGAAGAGCAGACGGAAAGUCCAGGGCGUGUUCGGUGGGAAGGAGCAGAACUCAGAUGGUCCAGUGGUUCUGGUAUCCAGUGAGGAAUUGUGUAGCCCCACAGUGACAGUGGAUUUCUGUCAGGAGAUGACAGUGAAGUGCACAACGGAAGAGCCGGACACGCAGGACUCGUCUUGAGCAGAACCGGUUUGUUUACCUGUCUGACACACCUGUGAUCUCAUCAGUACUAACGGAGGUGGGCUUUUUUAUUAUUUGGACAGGUGAGAACGAGCAAGUCGGCAGCUUGUUUCCUAUUUUUAACGAUCCAUUCUCCCGUUUAUCUCGGUAUUUUCUCAGGAAAUGUACAAACUGUUCAGUUUUCUCCUCCUUAACUUCUCUUUUAAGUAUAACAAAAAUAAGUGUAACUGGUUUAAUCUGAGGACCAAACCAGAUUCUAUAAAGGUGAGGAAGCCUCAGAGCUGCAUGUAGGUCUAAAAAAGAAAACCAGUUUAAAACCAGUGAGAGCUGCUGUUCAACUUUGACCUGCUGAUGUCUGUCAAAGAGGUUCCAGCUGUUGGUGGAGCUGUUUUCUUGGAAAACAUGGAAGUACUGACAUAUACACUGCAAAAACACAACAUUUUACAAGGCAUUUUGGUCUAGUUUUUAGUACAAAUACUUUAGUACAAGUAAGAUAAGAUAAAACUAACUUACAAGUACAUUUUCAGCAGGAAAUAGGUCAGUAAUUGGUUCAAGUUGAUGAAAAUGUUCUAGUUUCAGUGGUAAUUUAUUUCACUUCUAACAAUACAUUUCCCCCAUGUUAUAAGUUAAAUAAUCUGCCAGUGGAAAUGGUACUUUUUCAUCAACUUCAAGGGAUUAUUUACCUAAACAAACUCCCGUUUCUUGAUGAAAAGUUACUUGUAAGUUAGUUUUGUCUUACAUGAGGAGCUUGACAAGAAAAUCUUGGUAAGAUUUUGUGUUUUUACAGUGAUAUUAGCAAAAUAGAUUAAAUCAAAUUCUACCUACUUCCAUUUUGUAUUCGAAAACAAACAGACUGAUUUAAACUGAUAAAAAAAAAAAUCUGUUUACUUUUCAUUAUUGUUAAAUAUUUUCAUGAAUUACAGAGUUUGAAAAUGUGAAUUUUGGUCUGUAACUUUGUCCCAAUUUGGAUCAAAAGGUUUUUAUAAAAUAUGCCACUUAAAACUCUUGGGCGACCUUCUGUUGGCAGAUAUCAUUAUUAUUAAGGUGAUAUUUAAAAAAUCCCUACAGUAGACUAUAUAUAAUAGAAAUAGUCUGUAUGAACUGAGAAUAUGUCCCCUGAACAGCAUACAAACAACUGAGAUGAAAACAAAAAUCACCUCAUCAAACUUAAGUUUAAAUUCUCGUCACCUCAUAAGGAGCUAAUUCAGCACAUAAACAAAAAUAAAACAGUAAAUCUGUAAAAUCAGAAGACUAAUGAGAAAAUAUAUUGCAAAAGCGCAACUCCCAUCUUAAAAGAUUCAACAGCAGAACAACAUGGAGUCGUCUUGAAGAUUAUUCUUCGACCAGAUAAGAACAAAGUAGCGAUGUUUGGCCAUAAUGGACGCCACUAUGUUUGAAAGUAACGAAAAAAAAAAAUAAAAAAAUAAGCAAAAUCAUCACAAUUCUUCACACACCAGCUGUUAAGCAAGGUGGUGAACGGCAGAUGACACCUUCUAGUCACUUAUUCUAGAAGCUAAAUAUUGGUUCAAGCUAGAUCUUAAGCGUUAACACAGUCGGCUUAUCUAUCUAUCUAUAUAUAUAGAUCUAUAUAUAUAUCUAUACAUAUAUAUAGAUCUAUAUAUAUGUAUAGAUAUAAAUAUAUCUAAAAACGUCUGACGCAGAGGAAUGGUAGUGUUGCCAUGGCAACAUCUGUGGGUCGGCCCUAGCAACUGACCGCUACUCAGUCGGUUUACAUUCCGGCUCGGUGUUUUCAGUAUUUCUCACUUCAGUUCACUCUCAUCUGUUCAGUAUGAAAAUCAAUGUGUGCAUCACAGCGGUUAAAUUGUUUUACAAACUGCCGCAGUUUAUUGGGACUUCCUGGAAAAUGGGGGUUACCUCGA